GAUGACUGUAGGCAUCACAUUUUUCUUUGCUUUAUUUUCUUAUUCUUUUUCGGCCGGUGGCGUGUGCAAUCGCAGAAGGGCAUACGGAGAUGGGAGGAUUGUCUUGUCCGCCUUGGGCACGCUACGGUUGCUUGGGGUUUUGGGAUUGUGGCUUGUGGCUUGCAGCUUGCAGCGUGCGGGAGCUGAAGUCGGCGCCUGUAAUGCAUUCUGCACAGCGGCCCUUAUCAGGACGACGGACAGGAAAAAGCACCGACACAUUCAUGUCAUGCUUCUGGGACGAGGCUGAUUGAUAGCAUGAUACCGUGAUACCGUGACACGGCGGUGCUGUGCCUCGUCUGGCUGAGAGAGAGCGCAGAGAUGAGAGAUG